AAAAAAAAAAAAAAAAAAAAAAAACUACUACCACAACUACUAUCAUCAUUUUAUCAUCUUUUUGAUUCGACUGAAUCAUGUCACAACCUGGUAGUGUUGCAUCUCACGAUGCUACUGUUGUUACUGAUACCACUCAUCAUAUCUCAAUUGAUGUCGAUGGAUCUUCUUCUUCUUCUUCCUCUUCUUCCUCUCCUUCAUCUACAUCACUUUCAGAACAACCUUCCACCACCACCAUUCUUACACCACUCCAACAACUACAACAACAACUUCCACCCUCAAUCUGCACUCAAUUUCAAAACAACAAUGGCGACUUUACUUCGAAUAUCACCACGAGUGGACCCAGCACUGCUGGAUCCAGUAUAACCCAAAGUUCACUCAGUGAUCGACCUUUCUUACUGCCCUUUCAUAAGCAAUCGUAUGAUGAAGAGAAGACGAGUAGUGGCAUCACUGGUAGUAGCACAACCAUCACCACCAUGACUACUAUUACUACUACUCUUCCUCCUCCUCUUCCUCUUCCUACCAAAGAUCACCAUGAGCGACACCCUCCAAAGGUCCUUCAGUCUCGUUAUGCACGAUUGUUCAAUUUCAAUGGACGACCAGAGACAAGAUCUGAGGUCAUUGUUCGGUCCAGCUGUCCAAAAUGGAUCCCCACAGGAUUUCUUUUUGGUCUCCGUGCUACCCUAUUCCUCUACGCCUUCACCGUUCUGUUGUCAGACAUCUGUUUGACAGAUCGACCCCAAUUCGAGUUUUGUUAUCUGACCCAGUUGUCAUAUCUCGGAUUGACCUCCUAUCUUGGUACGGUAGCAUGGCAUACUCUUAGUGAAUGGCGUCGUGAACGCGCAAUCCGUCGUGCCAGCGCCACUGCUGCUGUUGCUGCGCAAGGAGUAGAUAAAACAGUAGAAACAGUAGAAACACCAGAAGCAACGGCGGCGUCAACAGCCUCCUCUAUCUCUAUCACGACAACUAUCGAAAAACAACAUUGGUUCUUGACAGACAUGAUUUUUUUCUUGUAUCACACCAUCUGUACCUUCCAUGUUGUUGUUCCAUUAUUGUACUGGGCUUACCUUGCCUAUGCCGGAGACGCUCGUCUGAUGGCCAUCGGAGUCUCUCCCGAUUCUCUCUGGCGCAAUUACUCCUUCCAUGGUGGUGACCUGAUCAUUGUCAUGAUCGAGUUCUUCUUCAAUGCCAUGCCCAUCAUCCCCUCCCAUAUCAUCAUCGUCCUCUUCAUCUGUCUCCUCUACCUCGCUGAAGCUCAUGUUGUCUAUUCCGUCAAUGGCUUCUGGCUAUACCCUUUCUUGGAUACUUCCAUCGGCCCUAUCUGGGUUGCCCUCUACCUGGGUGUCGGUGUCGUCAUUGUUUGUGCCUUCUUCUUUAUGUUCUCGCUUCAUAAAUUCAAACAGUUAGAAAAAUUAUCAACAUUCGCAUUUUUUUUUAUGUAA